CGGUGAUAUUUUGGACCACACAGAACCGAAUCAGAGUUCUAACAACAUUUUCGGUGGAUAUUAAAUUUAAUUUUAGAAGAGGGACAUAAAAUAUGAAGUAAAAACAACGUGACUUUUGAGUGGGUGGAAAGAGAAACAAAAGAAGAAAUGAAUUGGGAGUGCAGAGGGGCGGGGUGAAAGAGCGAGUAGGGGGGCGGGCCUAAGGCCCUCCUCUGUGCUCUGAUUGGCCGCCUCUUUCCCCAGCACUUAAAGGCGUUCAAGCCGCCUCUGAGUCGAAGUCAGACCGGGAGCGGAAGUCUUCCAGUGGACGUGUCGGUGUCAUUCAUGCCGUAGUAUCGGCUCACACGGAGAAAGAUUUCCACGCUUUGUUUUGUUGUUGUCGUGGGACAGGCCGUACACCCGUGGAAAAGUGAGGACAAGAUGCCUCAGACGCCACCAUUCACGGGGCAGCACAGCACCUCAGGCUACAACAAGAACCUGUACCAGACCAAGGAGGAGGUCUACUCUGGACUCUACUACCAUGACAGCAACCUGGCCUCCGGGUCCUUGGAGGCCCUCAUUCACCACCUCGUUCCCACGGUGGACUACUACCCUGACAGGACGUACAUCUUCACCUUCCUGCUCAGCUCCCGCCUCUUCAUCCGCCCGUACGAGCUCAUGUCCAGAGUGGGCCACUUGUGCGUGGAGCAGCAGCGACUCGGCGACGCCCAAGCGGACAAGAUUCGACUCCGGAAGAUGGCUCCAAAGAUCCUCCAGCUGUUGACGGAGUGGACGGAAACCUUCCCCUACGACUUCAGGGACGACCGGAUGAUGCGCAGCUUGAAGGAGCUCACCCACCGCCUCUCCAGCGGGGACGAGACUUACAGGAAGGCGGUGAGCCAGCUGAGUCAGGGUCUGAUCCGGAGGCUGACGGUGCUCAGCCAGUACGAGGAGGCCCUGGUCAAGAUCAACGCCACGGCGGCCGAGCGUCUCACCGUCCUCAAGGCCAAACCCCAAGCCACCAUCCAGAGGGACAUGCUGUCCAUCUGCAACGACCCCUUCACCGUCGCCCAGCAGCUGACACACAUAGAACUGGAGCGACUAAGCUACAUUGGCCCUGAAGAAUUUGUCCAGGCGUUCGUGCAGAAAGAUCGGGUGGACAACGACAAGGGUCGCUUCAGUGAUCACAAGAAGGCCACCAACCUGGAGGCGUACGUGGAUUGGUUCAACAGGCUCAGCUACCUGGUCGCCACGGAGAUCUGCAUGCCCGGGAAGAAGAAGCACAGGGCGAAGGUCAUGGAGUUCUUCAUCGACGUGGCGCGGGAAUGUUUCAACAUCGGCAACUUCAACUCCCUCAUGGCCAUCAUUUCCGGGAUGAACAUGAGCCCCGUGUCCCGCCUCAAGAAGACGUGGAGCAAAGUCAAGACGGCCAAGUUUGACAUCCUGGAGCACCAGAUGGAUCCUUCAGGGAACUUCUACAACUACAGGACGGCGCUACGCGGCGCCACCCAGAGGUCCAGGACCGCCAACAGCACCCGGGAGAAGAUCGUCAUCCCGUUCUUCAGCCUGCUAAUCAAAGACAUCUACUUCCUUAACGAGGGGUGCGCCAACCGCCUGCAGAACGGACACGUCAACUUCCAGAAGUUCUGGGAGAUGGCCAAACAGGUGAGCGAGUUCAUGAGCUGGAAGAAAGUGGAGUGUCCCUUUGAGAAGGACCGCAAGAUUCUUCAGUACCUUCUCACCGCCCCCGUCUUCACGGAAGAUGCGUUGUAUCUGGCGUCGUACGAGAGCGAAGGUCCCGAGAACAACAUGGAGAAGGAUAGGUGGAAGUCCCUGAGAUCCACUCUGCUAAAUCGUGUUUGAAGACCAAAAGACGAGCUGUCAUCUUCUUAAAAGUAUCCUCCAUGUUGCCGAGGAAAGGACAAUCCAAUCUCGAGUUGGCUGACUUUGUGUUGUUGUUUCCAUGACAACGUGUGUUUUUGACCACACCCAUCUUUGUAAGACUUUCUGGACUUUUCUACGCAAGGGAGCUGUCUCUUUAAGUGGGCGGGGCUUAUUUUUUCCCUCUUUUUCUCUCUCUCCGCCCACCAGGUUACGCGUUAGCUGCGGGUUAGCUAACACAAGCUAGUAGCUGCUCUUCGUUCUGUUUGUGUCAUUUCCUUUUCAUCAACGUUUUGUUGUUUUUUUGACGCACAAAAUGCGCUGGCUGCAUUUUGUAAAGACUCCAUGGCGUGUUAGUUUCCUCUGAGUCCGAGGAGAUGAUAAAAUAUGCUCUUUUUAGCAACUUUGUGCUAACUUUAAAGAGGAUUGUGCUCGUGCUUCCCCCUGCUGGGUAAGUGAGAACGGUGCGUGUUUGUUCACCCCUGUGAGUCCAUGUAAUUACAUCAAAAGUUUUAUUUAUGCAUUUGUGUCACGCCAGUAUUUGCGUUUGUUGUGUUAUUUAAUUUGAAGUAUUAUUUCACGUUCACAUUCGUUAGAUACUUUUAUUUGGAAAGCUCAAGAGUAUGACGUUUUUGACUGACUUUGACGCUAUUGUAAAUACAUGAUGGUCAUCGUACUUAUAUAAUUAUGUGUAUUUGUUCAUCCAUCACACGCUUAUACACGGAGUAGCUGUUAUGAAGUUAAUAAAGGUACUUUGACAUGA